AUGAUUUCAAAAGUUGAACAAGUUGAAAACAGAUGCUUCUUUAACUGCGCUAAUUUAGAAAAGAUCAAUUUACCAAAUUGUCAAACAUUUGGCAGUUUUUGUUUUGAAAAUUGUCAAAAACUGAAAUUUGUUGACUUUACAAAUUGUCAAAUUUUUGGUGAAAGCUGUCUCAAUCAUUGCGAAAGCUUAGAAACAUUAAAGCUCGGUAACUUAAGAGAAGUUGGAAAUAAUUGUUUCAACAACUGCUUGAAACUUAAAGAAGCUGAAUUUCCAAGUCUAAUUGUUUUAGGAGAAAAUUGUUUCAUGUUUUGUUCGAAUUUAGAAACAGUUAAAUUCCAAAAAUUGGAAAAUUUGCCAUUGAAUACUUUUGACAAGAGUUCAACAAUUUCUCUUUUAGUUUUGAACGGAAUCAAAACAUUGAAAACAAAUUGUUUGGGAGAAUUGUUAAAUGUAGGUAAAUUAGAAUUAAAUAGUUGUGAAACAAUUGAAGAUAAUGCAUUGAAUGGAUCAACAGUUAAUGAAAUAUUGAUUCCAAAUGUGAAGAAGAUUUCAAAAUCUUCAUUCCAAAAUUGUCAAAAUUUGAAAGUUUUAGAAGCUCCUCAACUCACAGAAAUUGGUGAUUAUUCAUUUAGUAACUGUAAUAAUUUAGAAAGAAUUUCUUGUGACAAAUUAUUAACUAUUGGUAAUCAUUGUUUCGAAGAAUGUUCUAAUUUGAAAGAAAUCAAUUUACCAAACGUUCAGAAGAUUAAUGAUUCAUCAUUCAAGAAUUGUAAAAAUCUUGAGAAAAUUAUUUGUUCCAAUUGUGAACUUUUAGGAAAUUUA